AGGUCAUGGUCAAGGAUGUUUUAUAGGAAGAAAGUUUAAACCAUUUCUGUGAACUCUGGAACUAAUCUCAGGUCCAGAUUAAGUCUAGAGAUAAUAUUAGAUCUAGAUAGAUCUCAGUCUAGAUUAGAUUAGAUUAUAAUCAAAUUCGCAACCCAAAGAGCUUUGAAAAUACAAGAGCGCAAAGCAACAGUUUUUUUUUACGCUUCUGGAAACCAAUGAACCUGUAGCAUUAGUAGUGCCAAGACUAAUUAAACUAAAAUUACUAGAUUAGUUCAAAAAACAUCUUACCAUGGCAGCUGUGUCUGUGGAUAUCUCCAGGCCUGGUAUGAAUUUAAAGCAAAGCCAUCUUCAGCAGAUAUGUUCUCUCAGUGUUGACUCACAAGACUUAGUCUACCGUAUGACUAGUAUCAUUUGCACAACAGGUCCUUCUUGUGAUAGUGUUGAAAAGUUAAAGCAGCUAAUAGCAAAUGGGAUGAAUAUUUGUCGCUUUAACCUGGCACACGCAGAUCAUGAAUAUCAUCUGAAAGUACUUCACAAUUUGAGGGAUGCAGUAACGGCAUCAAAAGGAACAGAACAUUCAAUUGUUGCUUCAGCUAUAGACAUAUCAGGGCCCUGUACAAGAAUAGGAGCUUUCAAAAAGGAUAUCCCUCGACCAUUCAAGCUGGAAAAAGGACACAUUUUGACUUUAACAUCAGAUGAAUCAUUUAAAGAGCAGUCAGACCUUGAAAACAUCUAUGUACCACAGAGCUUAGUCCAAGGAGCUGCUCUCAAAGAUCAAAUUUUCAUUGAGGAUGGACCUCUAUGUUUUGAAGUUCAAGAGAAAGAUGAUUUGACUUUAAGAUGUUUAGUCCUUCAUGGAGGAGAGAUCUCUAAUUUUUAUCAGUGUCACAUUCCUAUGAAACUGCCUACAGAGAAUCCACAGUUGACAGAGCAAGAUAAAAAAGAUAUUGAGUUUGCUGUGGAGCACAAUGUUGAUAUAAUAAUGGUAUCCUGGGUUUGGUGUGCAGAUAUUGUUAAUGCAGUACGUCAACAUUUGGGAGAGGCCAGCUCUAGAAUCAAAGUUAUUGCAAAAAUAGAAAACUAUGAAGGAGUCAAAAGAAUUGAUGAAAUAAUAGAAGCUUCUGAUGGUGUUUUGGUUGGAAGAGGAGAUCUUGGCAUUGAUAUUCCACCAGAAAAAGUAUUUCUAGCACAGAAAAUGAUCAUUGGACGAGCUAAUUUGGCAGGAAAACCAGUGAUUUGUGCUGCUCAGAUGUUGGACAGUAUGGUGACCAAUGCUCGACCCACCAGAGCAGAAGCCAGUGAUGUCGCUAAUGCCAUACUGGAUGGAGCAGACUGUGUAAUGUUGUCCAAAGAAACAGCAGUAGGGAAAAAUCCAAUAGCUGCCUGUGGUAUGCUCUCUCAGAUCUGCACUGAAACAGAAAAUGCUCUGUUUCAUGCUAGACUAUUCAAAGAUCUGCGUCAGGCCACUGUGAUUCCAACAGAUAAUGUUCAUGCCACAUCCAUAGCAGCUGUGGAAGCUGCAUUCCGUUGUUCAGCAUCAGCUAUCAUUGUGGUGACAAAUUCAGGGAGGUCAGCCACACUGAUAGCACGCUAUCGCCCACACUGUAUCAUCAUUGCCAUAACCAAAUCUAACCACACGGCUCGAUGUCUGAACCUUCACCGUGGUAUAUUUGCAGUCCUUCAUACAAGUAUUAGCUGUGAUGAAUGGUACAUGGACAUAGAUAUGAGAAUACACCAUGCUCUUUCAUUAGCUAGGAAACGUGGUUAUGUUAAGCCCUUUGACAGAGCCAUUCUAGUUACAGGCCAGCAGUCUGGACCUGGAUCUACAAAUACUGUCCGAAGCAUUAUCAUACCAAAGGAACAUGACAAACCCCACUAUCUGAACAUUCCAAACACAAAGGAACAUUUAGGAAUCUCCGGUGAUGAGAGGGAAGAAGAAAGUUACAGUGAUGGUGAAACUUCGGACACAGAACAAGUGAAAUUCCAUUGAAAUAUAUUUACAUACAUUUUAUCACUAACAAAAAUUUUGAUUAAAAUGAAUGUUUUUCUGGCUCCCUAAAACAGCAUCUGGUUUUGAAACUAGUAUUGAUGUUAACUGGUUCUUUUUGUUUUGUCUCUUAGUUAUGUGUGCAUGCCACAGCCCAGACUUAAAGUUUUAUUUUUCAUUUCUCCACAAAAUUUAUCUUACAAAUCGAUACAAAAUUCUUUGAAUUAAUGGCUAUGGUAGAUGCAGGUUAAGGCCAAGAACUGCACAAAGGGAAAAUAAAUUAUACAGAAAUGUUAUUCCUUAGUCAUGUGACCAUUAUUUUUUUAUUUUGUAUUUAUUAUUGCUAUUAUAUUUUUGUGUGUGUGAUUUUAAAAAGAAAAAAAAAUUAUAUGUUAAAAAAAAAUGUACACUGGACUAAAGGUUAAAUUUUUUUUUUUUAUUUUGUCCAAAGUAUAAAGCAUUUUUGGAUUGUAUUUCUUUCUGUACCUUCAUUUUAUAUACUUGUGAUAUUGCUAAUGAAAGCAGACAUGUAUGUAAUCACACAUUAUUUUUUGGUACUUUAUAGUAUAAUGUUUAUUAAUAAGCAAAUAAUUUAUAUCUAAUUUUCAAACUUUUUCAGAGUUUCUCUAUAUUUAGUUAUGUAUGCAUUUCUAAUCCCUGUAUCAGUUAACAAUGGUUAUGCUUGCCCUGGGUGUGGCAAAAUAUGUAGGUCACGGCUGGGUCUGUGAAGACAAGCCUUAUUAUUAUUAUUAGUUAACAAAAAUAUUUUGUUCUUUUUUUCUCAAAUUAAAAUAGUUUUAGUUUAUAUUUUUUCAAAAUUUCAACCACUUUUUUUGUUUUUAAAUGAAUAGAUCAACAAACUGUUGUUCAGUAAAAGCCUUGAUUUACUAUAAUUUUUUAUAUAUUUACAGAGUCGGUGGAUAUAGAUGCAGGAUAAGGCAUAGGGAUUCUCUGUAGGUUUCAAUCUAAAUAUGAUAAGCAUGGUCUCAUUUAAUGCAUAUUGAAUGCAAGUUUUUGCUCUUAGCUUGCUUUUGAUGUCAUUACAGGCUAUCCAUGUCUCUUUUUUCCCCCUUAUUUUUCUCUUUCUCAUUAAAAGCAACCAUUGUGUGUCUUGUUUUCUAGAUUUCAAAUGUGUCCAUGUAACUUGUUUCAGUUUAAUAAAUUUAGGAAUAGAAAGUGUGUCAUGUAAUUGUUGUAUGAUAUCAUUUCUAAUAUAUUCAAAAAUAAAACCCUACCUUCUACUAAGGCCCUCUAGAAGGCAGGAAUUCAAUUACAUUUUCAAAUUGUGUGCACAUUUGUUUAACAUUUUUUAAAGCUGCUAAAAAUUACAAAUGUUUUUCAUUAGUUCUUCUUAAGGAGUGCAAGUUACAGUCAACAAGAGUUCAAUAAAUGUGUUGAAAGUUAAUUGAAAGUAGUUAUUUAUUUUGAACAUACACUUUGACUCAAAAGCUGUAGUAACUUAGCUCUAGUGAUGAAUGUAGUACAUCCUUGUACCAUUAAAUCAUGUAGCUUACAAAUUCAAAAACAUUGCCGCCCAAAAUAUAUAAUCUUUUAUAUAUAUAUAUAUAUAUUUAAUUUUGUUUUGUUAUAUGUAUAUGACUUUGAAAACUACAUUCUUUUCAUGCAUUAUUAUCAUGCGCUUCUGAGUUUUCAAAGAUCGCUAAGAAUAUUUGUGUUCUCACUGUAAUGCCUAAAAGUGUGCAAUGUAUACAUUAGUAUAUGUCACCCUUAGAAUUGGGAUCAUCAAGUUUUUUGAAAGAAUGAUCAGUUUAUGUUUUGAAAUGUAUUCCUUUUAUUUAUUACAAAUUUAAUUUUUUUUCUCUCCACCAUUAGUACUGUUAAUUCUUCUAUUUUAAUCUUGAGAAAUAGUCUCAUGAAACUAACCUUUUGAAUAUGAAUUGUGUACAUUUCUAUAUCUAGAUGAACCUCAUUCAACACUUUUCACUUUGACUUUUACUAUUAGGAUUACAUUUUAAAAUACUUUAACAUUUGUAUUUCUAAAUGCAUAAUACUAUUUGAAUAAGAAUCUUAGAAUAAAACUGAACAUAAUUUGAAGACAUUGUGAUAAAGUUCUUGACUGCCAAACUGAAGAGCGGACUCCUAGUGUAGAGUUUCAUUCAAAUCUUGAAAGAACCUUUUUAUUUCUUCAUUACACAAAUGUUGAAAAACAUUUUAAUCCACCCAUCAACUAGUGUAAUGAUUGUUCAACAGAUUCCAGUUUCAAAUGACAUUUUCUGAUUGGUCAUUUCCACCUUCUUAGAAUUAUUUUUUGAUUGGUCAUUUCUACCUUUAGGCAUUGCUCUUUAUUUUUCUUGGAAGUUGUUUAGAUUUUUGCAAUCGAUUUUUCAACCAAUCGUCAUCAAAUUUUGCUUAAAAGCUUAUGAAUCGAUGACGACACAAGACUUAGACUUACAUCCUCCUGCGCAUUUGCUAUACAUCCUCCUGCGCAUUUGCCAUGUUGGCAGCAAACAAUCUUCUUAAAGAUCUAUCACUGGCAAUGUCUGAAGUCUCUUCCCACCUGGUGUGCACUGCUCUGAGGUCCUCCAUGAAAGUAUGGCUUCAAGUUUUAUGAAGAUGUCCCUUUUUGCCCUUUCCUCUUAUUGUUCCCAUAUCAUUGCAAUAAUUCAUUCUGUUGGAAGACAUGUCCCGCAAACCUCAUGGCAACAUUUUUUCACAACAUCAUUAAGUGGUCAAGUCCCAUUUCAGCAUUGGAUUUCUUUGUUUGAGACCUGAUCUUUAUAACUGAUUCCUAAAAUCCUCCUUAGCCAUUUUAUUUUUGUUGAGCCACAUUUAGUCUUUUUUUCAAUUUUGGCAGAUGACUUCCAUGUCUCACAUGCUUUCGUUUCUAUAGGAAUGAAAAUGGUGAAAAAGUUGGUGGAUUUUUGUCUCAAGUUCAAUAGCCUGUUUUGUCCAAACAGGCUGCAUCCUUUGGAAAAUGUUCCCUGCCUUUUCUAUUCAGCACACUUCGUCAUGGUAGGUAUCCUCAUCAUUUGCUAUGAUGCUGCCUAGGUUUGUGAACUUAUCCAACUCACCAAUUCUGAUGGGAGCAUCCUUUGCCUUAUAUCCCACACGCCCAAUUUUAGUUUUAUCUAAGUUUAUGCGAGGCCAAUGUUGGGUGCCUUUCUACUAGGCUCUGUCAUUUCUUGUAUGCAUUUACUUGUGGAUCUGAGCAGUGCAACGUCAGCAACAAAGUCUGGGUGUGUCCUUCGGUUCUGUUUACGCCAAGGAACACCAAAGGCAGUCUUAUUCAUUGCUUUCCUCAUUAUGGAGUCGAUGGCUAGGAGGAAGAGGAAGGGAGAUAAGAUGCACCCCUGUCUCACACCUGUCUCGAUGCUUUUUUCUUUUUCAAUGCAGCUGCUAGAUUGACUGUAUAGGUGUCGUAGAAUGUGGACACAUUUUCAGGGAUGCCGUAUUCUCUAUUUCAAUGGUGAUUCUAGAUGGACACUAUCAAACUCUUUAUUAUAGUCUAUGAAGCUGAUCAUUAGCCAAUGUUGGUAUUCGAGACUUUGUUCUAUGAUAUAUCUGCACCGCACAUGAUCUGCCUCAUCGGAAGCCUGCUUGCUCUUCUCUGAGUCUCUCGUCUACAGACUGUUGAAGUGGUUUCAACAGAACAAUGCUGAAAACUUUGCCAAGGACAGAGAGGAGAGUAAUGCCUAUCCAGUUGUUGCAAUAGCCAAGUUGCCCUUUUAAGGAAGCUUUACAAUGACUCCUUUUUGCCAGACCUCUGAGAUAUCACAUAAAUUAAUAUAAAAUCAACCAAUUUGUUAAAAAAUUAGCUGUAAUUAAUUAAUUUUGUUUCUAUAGAGAAUUUAACGAAAAAAUAAACUAAGCUAAGAGUAGAUAAGAUGUUCACUAACAUUUUUAAACUAACAAUUAACAAUAUUUAAAUGUUAAUGUAAGGUUAUAUCAGAGAAUGUAUGUUAAUGUAAAGAUUAUAUUAAAGACUGUAUGCUAAUUAAUCAAUUUUAAGAAAUAAAUUGUAAUGGAUUUAGUAAUUAAAAUUGUUUUGAUUUAGCAUUUUCACAAAUGAUUUUUCUUUCUACAAAACUACAGUGACUUACAUCAGUGACCUACAAAUGAUUGUAAAAGUUUAAGACUAAAAAGUCUAAAAUUGUAAAUAGUAAAAAACAAAAGAUAAUAACAAAGCUUAUAUAAAAAAGCACUAAAGUAGAAAAUUUAUUUUAAAAAAAGUGUUGGGUGUGAAUUUCCCUUAAAUCCUAGUUAACACACUUUAAAUUUUUAGUGUGUUUUACGUAUAAGGAUUGUUUAAAAAAAAAUGUGUUUUUACUGUUUAUUAUUUGUGCUAGUGACUUAGUUGAAAACUUUGUCACCUUGAAUCAGUUCAUAGUGACUUAGUUGAACACUUUGUCACCUAGACUCAGUUCAUAGUGACUUAGUUGAACACUUUGUCACCUAGACUCAGUUCAUAGUGACUUAGUUGAACACUUUGUCACCUAGACUCAGUUCUUUCUUUCUAACCCCUUGAUUUCAUGACAUUGAUUCAUUCGUGAGUGACAACAGUGUUUAAAACCCAACACUGAAAUGUUGUUAUUUGUUGUUAUUUUGAUUAGAAAUCUUGUUAUUUUUGUUACAACUGUUAAUGUUUGUUGAUGUCAUUCAAAUCUUAAUACAAAAAAAAAAUUUUCAACCCCAGUGAUCAAACAUUUGAACAAUUCAUUUUCUUGAGUUUUGUUUGGUUUAAAAAUUGUUUACUGACAAGUUUUUUCUUUACUUCCUUAUUCUACUAUUGAACCAACUGAACUAUAUACUGAACUAUAUACUGAAGUAUACACUGAAUCCGACCUUUUUUUUUUCUUUUAAUGUCAAUACAAAUGUUGAUUUAUUUUUCAGAAUUUUUUCUUUAUUGUGCUUAUUACUCAUUGUUGGUGUAGAAUUAUUUUCCAAUCUGAUUAUACUUUGUAGCCACUUUAUUUGGUCUAUAAGCAUGCAUAUUUGUAACUAGUAUUUAUUAAUAAGAAGAUAAGUUUUGGUCAUUCUGAUGAUAUUGCUUUUUCUCGAACACUUGAUUUCCCCUUGAGUUUGUCACCUGAAAUGGUUUCUCUAAAGAUUUGGACUGAAAAAUG